AUGUGUUUACAGCCAUUUGUACUAUUACUACUACAACUGACUGUACACAUCAUGAAGGCAUCUUUGGUUCGGUUGAGUACACGUGUCAAGUUGCCCAGAGCCACCACACAAGCAUUCAAACUCCCAGAACUUAGUUCUAUCUCGCAUACACAACUUCCUAACAACGGGUUUGGCAAAGGGACUUAUGCGAUCAACCGAUCCAAGUUUGGGAAUUGGCCAGUAUAUUUGAAGAUUCAAAACACCAAAACAGUCACCGAGAUCAAGCGUAUCCAAGGAGAUAUCCAUCAGUUUGCCCGUGACUUGUUGAGUAUAAAACCUGACUUGAAAUUGACGGUUAAUCCUCAAAUUGGGUACAUUAAUGUUAAAGGUGAUAAGGUUGAAGAGAUCAAGCACAUUUUUGAAACUCAAAUAUGA